AUGACUCUGAUUGAGGGCGCCGCGUCUACGGCGUCGGAGUCGUCAUCAUCAAUGCAUUCUUACGACUAUGUGGGGGAUGGCGGGUGCCAGGACGAUGCUGGCCGGCAUAUGGACUCCUAUCGCAUCGUGAGUGCGCAUCUGACGCCUCAUUUCUGCCAGUCGCAUUGCGAUGCUGAUGCAGACUGUGUCGCGUACACAGCGGCUCCUGGUAAUUGCACGGUGUGGGGGCCUGACGAGUCCGCCGUGAUGGUCGGCUGGUAUUUCCAAAAGGGUGACGGAGCGACCAACGUGACCCGAGGGCAAAGCACUUCUCACGACCGUGGUCAAAUGACUGGCUUGUUCCACGUCGUUGAGACUGAUGCCGAGGUCUUCUGCAUGGUCAAGAGCACUCGCCUGACCGCGGCGAGCGUCGAGGGCGAGGGCGCCGGCUUCUGGGUGUUCGAGCUCAUCCUCCCCGUGCUCCUGGUCUGCGGCGCCCUCGUCGCCAUGAUGAUGUGCAGGCGGGGCGGCAAGAAGAGGUCCGACCCCGAGAACGAGCCUCUGGCCCACCAGAAGCCGGCCCAUGAGACGCUGCCCGCGAGCAUGUGGCUGAGUGGGAAAGACAAGAGGACGACAGAGAAGCCUUCCCUCGGAGCGAUGUCCGACCGCCCGACGACGCCGACAGGCGACGUCUGA